AAGCCAAUCAAAUUUUAUGAAUGAUAUUUAAACAGUGAUUUAGUUUAUAGUUUGAAGUGGACGUCAGCAGACCCCACGUGACGCAUUACAAUGAAGGUCUUCCUGAUUUUAAUUGUGACGGCACAUAUCGCUUUGGCGUUGCCUGUCGAAGGACAGAGACCGGAACAUUCACGGUUCAUAGAAAUGCUUGACGAUCAAGGCAAUAUGCAUCUAGUAGAUUUGGAAGCGAAGCCCGAUUUGAAAGCCAUCGAAAAACUCACAAGAAACCCUAACAAUAACGUCUACUUAUUGUAUACCAGACGUAAUCAAAUCUUUUCUCAAACUCUUGUGAUGAACGAUGAAAAUUCGAUUAUAAACUCGAACUUCAACCCGAAUGAUCCCACAAUAGUAAUUGUCCAUGGUUGGAUCAGCAGCAGAGACUCAGAGCCUAACCCUACAGUUAGAAGCGCUUUCCUGUCUACUUCUGAUGUAAACGUCAUCACUGUAUGCUGGAGAGAUUUAGCAUUUCGCGAUUACGUGACGGCAGCGCACGGAGUUCCCGCUGUCGGACGCGGAAUUGGACAAUUCCUUAUCUUCUUGAACAGAGUAACGGGAGCCAGAUUUGAUCAGAUGCACUUGAUAGGGUUCAGUUUGGGUGCCCAUGUUGUGGGUAACGCUGGAAGAGAAACUGGUGGCAGAGUUGCCCGUAUUACUGGGUUGGAUCCUGCUGGCCUUCUAUGGCACUACAGCAGCGAGCGUCUAAGCGCCAAUGACGGUGUUUACGUUGAGGUAAUCCACACGGACGCAGGUGUGCCUGGAUCGGGUAUUGGUUUACCCAUCGGUCACGUUGACUUCUUCCCCAAUGGCGGCGUUAUGCAACCUGGAUGCAUCACUAACCUUUGCAACCAUGACCGUGCUUGGCAACUGUUCGCAGUUAGUGUGACCCACGGUCACUUGUUUGGUAGACGGUGCCUUACUAUGCUCCAGGUUACCACAGACUUAUGUACUUCGGAUAUACUUCAACUGGGUAACGACAAUCUAAGGAAAACGGGAAGCGGCAUGUAUAGAGUAAACACCGGCAGUAGAUAUCCAUUUUAAUAAAAUUUGUCAAAACUCUGUUAUUACAAUGUUAAUAAGUAAAGGCUAUGAAAUCAACAUAAAUUAUAGUAUGCAUUUUGUUGUUUAUGUUGAAUCUA